UCAACAAAACAACUACACAUAAGUCUUUUCGUUCUGUUGACAGAUUGCGAUAAAAACCACGUAAUUUUUACAUUUCUUGCUUACUAUAUGUUGCGUAUUUACCGUAUUUACGUCAUAAAAGAGUAUCACCUGAUUAUCUGAUUAGUACAACUGUGAUAAUCGUUGUUGGUGGAAAUAAAAUUUUAGGAAUCGAAGAAGGCGAAAGUUUGGAUAAUCGUCAUCGUCGUUGAUAAACGUCAUAAUCGUCUUAAUCGUUUAGAAGUAAGUUCGGGGUGGUCACGCGUUUACUCAACGUCCUCGUAACGUUUUAAAUUCCCAUUAUAAUUACUUUUAAUACGGGAUUAUGAACGAAAACGCAGAUAUUAAGGAGACAACCCAAGCUGGGCAAAAAAACAACGAUUUUCCAAGUAAAGAUGAGGCAAGCGGUUCAUCACAGGGUGACGAGAAGAAAGAGGAGAAAACGUUUGAGUGCAAUAUUUGUUUAGAUACUGCAAGGGAUGCUGUAGUUAGUAUGUGUGGUCAUUUAUUUUGUUGGCCCUGUUUACAUCAAUGGUUAGAGACAAAGCCUUAUAAUCAAGUUUGUCCCGUUUGUAAAGCUGGAAUUAGUAGGGAAAAGGUUGUGCCAUUGUAUGGACGUGGUAGUGGUAAUCAACAAGAUCCUAGAGAAAAGCAUCCACCACGUCCGUCUGGACAAAGAUCUGAACCUGAGUCAGGUGGAAAUUAUUCAGCAUUUGGAUUGGGCGAUAAUGGAUUCCACAUGUCGUUUGGUAUAGGAGUAUUUCCAUUUGGCUUUUUUACGUCAAUGUUCAAUAUAGGAGAUGUAAGACCGAGCGCUGCGCCAUUGGGCACCCCGAAUCACAUUGAGGAACAGUUCCUGUCGAAACUUUUCUUAUGGUUGGCAAUUAUUUUCGUCGCUUGGUUAAUAUUUGCGUAACUAAUACAAUAAAGCCCGUACAACCGACGAUAUCCCUUUUAACUUCUUAUUCAUAUCUCCAUCGUCUUUUUAUCAUUAGGUCACUAGGUUGAUCAUUUGUCUCCUAUGGUGAUUUUUUUUUGUUUGUUUUGGUAACUUUUAGGGUAAAAUUGUGUACAAAAAAUUAGUCAUAGGUACAUGUGUACUUUAUAAAUAUUUUUUGUCUUCUUGAAGUGUUUUUACAUUCCUUAUAUUUACGUAAAAACUAUUUUUUUUUAUUUAAUCACAUCUUUUUCGCGUUUUUUGUGUGAGUUGUCGAAAAUUGGUUGGGUAUUUCCAAUUGUAAAUAAAUCUAUUAAUUAUA